GGGCUGGCCAAUGGCCCGCCUAUUGCUGACGGCUACACGUGACAGCGGUCCCGGUGGCGGAGCAGUGAUACAGGGUGGCAUGCUGCCCGACGUGCCAUGCUGCUCAACUCUCUGCUAAAGUUGGUGCAGAGGCAGACUUAUACCUGCCUGUCCCACAGGUAUGGGCUGUAUCUAUGCUUCGGUGGGCUGCUGCUUCUCAUCGUGUCCGCCCUGCAGUUCGGAGAGGUUGUGCUGGAAUGGAGUAGGGACCAGUAUCAUGUGCUAUUUGAUACAUACAGAGAUAACAUUGCUGGGAAGUCCUUCCAGAAUCGGCUUUGUCUUCCCAUGCCCAUCGAUGUUGUUUACACAUGGGUAAAUGGCACAGACCCAGAUCUGGUAUUGCAACUGCAAGAAUACCGGGAACAGAUGGAAGAGCGGCAGAGAGCUUUCAGAGAGUUUCUUGGAAGAAACAAGACCGAGCCAACAAAAAGAAGUGACAAAGAACUGGAAUGCCUGCUUACUCAUUGCAUAAAAGUGCCAAUGCUCAUCCUUGACCCUCCACUUCCAGCCAACACCACCUUGAAGAAUCUGCAGGCUUCCCAGCCAGUUUUCAGCUCAGCGGUUAAAAUAUUUAAUGUUGCAAAACCCAAGAACCCCUCUACAAACGUUACUGUAAUAGUUUUUGAGGCAAUACAGGAAGCGGAAAAUGCCCAGGUAAAUGCCUUGUUUGAUAAUCGUAAGGAAACCAUCUGGAGAGGAUACAUGACCACAGAUAAAGAAGCCCCAGGUUUAGUCCUCAUACCAGACCUGGCUUUCCUAAGUGGAUUUCCUGAAACAUACAAGGAAACAGAUCAGUUAAGAGCAAAACUACCUGAAACUUUGUCCUCAAAAAUUAAGCUGCUACACCUCUAUUCUGAAGCAAGUGUAGCUCUACUGCAACUGAACAACCCAAAGGAUUUUCAAGAAUUAAACAUACAGGCCAAGAAGAAUAUGACUAUAGAAGGAAAAGAGCUAACUUUAAGUUCUGCUUACUUGCUGUGGGACCUCAGUGCUGUCAGUCAGCUAAAGCAAGACGAAGAUAUCUCUGCUAGUCGCUUUGAAGACAAUGAAGAACUGCGAUACUCUCUGAGAUCCAUAGAAAAACAUGCACCUUGGGUCCGACAUGUAUUCAUUGUAACAAAUGGACAGAUUCCAUCCUGGCUGAACCUAGACAAUCCCCGUGUUACUAUAGUAACUCACCAAGAAAUAUUCUCAAACACUAGUCACUUGCCCACUUUUAGUUCUCCUGCUAUUGAAAGCCAUAUCCACCGCAUUCCUGGACUUUCACAGAAGUUCAUAUAUAUGAACGAUGAUGUUAUGUUUGGAACAAGUGUAUGGCCUGAUGAUUUUUACAGUCAUUCAAAGGGACAGAAAGUUUACUUGACCUGGCCUGUGCCCAACUGCGCAGAAGGUUGUCCAGGAUCUUGGAUUAAAGAUGGUUAUUGUGAUAAAGCCUGCAAUAAUUCAGCCUGUGACUGGGAUGGCGGUGAUUGCCUUGGAAAUGCAGCAGGACGGUUUCCACCAGCAGUACCUGGAGGGCUUUUAAAUGGCCAACAGUGGCAGCCUGGCAUUGGAAUAAGUGGUGUUUCCUACUGUAACCAGGGAUGUGCAAAUUCCUGGCUUGCUGACAAGUUCUGUGACCAAGCUUGCAACGUACUUAGCUGUGGCUUUGAUGCCGGGGAUUGCGGGCAAGAUCAUUUUGAAGAGAUGUACAAAAUAAAUAUGUAUCUUAAUAAAACUCACUACAUAGUUCCAAAAGGAGAACAUUUACCCUACUUCAGUUUUGACAAUAUGGCCAAAAAAGUACUUGACGGUGUCUAUAGUGAUAAUCCAAUUGUACGUCAUGCUUCUAUAGCCAAUAAAUGGAAGACAAUUCAUUUGAUCAUGUAUCCUGGGAUGAAUGCCACUUUAGUCCAUUUCAACCUAACAUUCCUUGGUCUGGAUGACAAAGAGAUAAAAAUGCAAAUAGUCAUAGCUGUUGAUACUGGAGAUGAGUACAAACGAAAUAUUACAGCAACAUCUAUCAAAAAAGGAGCUAUGCUUACAACGCCUACACCAGAAGCAGAGGUCUUAUUUGAGGAUAUUCCCGAAGAAAAACGCUUUCCAAGGUUUAGAAAAUAUCCACCUGUGACAGAUGUGCGCUCAGAUGUCACUAUCCCAAAUAUUAACCUAUCAAGCCUCCCUAACAAAGUACAGCUUGCUCUUCAGAAUCUUGACCAAAAACUGAAAAAUGGGGACAUAACAUUAAAGGGUUAUAAUCUAUCCAGAUUUUCUCUACUGGAACCUUACUGGUCUUUAGCUGAUCCCAGAGACCAAAGUUUGGAUAAUAAAGGAAACAUUCAACAGUCUCAAAGAGAUAAUAAAACGAUUACUGAACAUAAAAUUGGUCCAAAAUCUAGUUUCACAGAAGUGGUUAAUAAUAAGGAAAAUGCUGCAAGUAAAAGCAUAUCCCCUAUAAAGAGAUUAACUGACCUACUGCAUAGAGAGCCACAAACACCCAAGGCUAAUAUCCAAAAAAAUGCUAUUGAAAAAUAUGAGAACAAAGCUGUAGUUCCAGGAAGGAUGUUGCAGGAGUAUCAACCCAAUUAUGAAGGAUUUUUACCCUGGGAAAAAAUGAAGUAUUUUCAAGAUCUCUUGGAUGAAGAAGCUGCAUUGCUCAGUGAUCUUUCGUACAUCACAAGCAGCAAACAAGUUGGUAGGAAGCUUCAGGACACAUUUGCUGAUUCCCUUCGUCAUGUGAAUAAACUCCUUAAUAGUAAAUUUGGCUUCGCUUCUCGGAAAGUACCUGCCCACAUGCCUCACAUGAUUGACCGCAUUGUUAUGCAAGAACUUCAGGAUUUGUACCCAGAGGCAUUUGACAAGACCUCCGCUCAUAAAGUGCGUCACUCUGAAGAUAUGCAGUUUGCUUUUUCCUAUUUUUACUAUCUGAUGAGUGCAAUCCAGACACUGAAUAUUUCUCAUGUAUUCGAACAAGUAGACACUGACAGUUCUGGUGUGUUGUCUGACAGAGAGAUCCGCACAUUGGCUACAAGAAUUCACCAACUGCCAUUAAGUCUACAGGAUCUGACUAGCCUGGAACAAAUGCUUAUUAACUGUUCAAAAAGCAUCCAGCACAACAGCACAGAUGAAGGAGUUGUCCCCCCAACACAAGAAUCCUACUACGAUCCAAACUUGCCUCCCGUCAGCAAAGUUCUUGUACUAAGUUGUAAGCCUGUAACAGAUCUAAUACGCAAAACAUACAAGGACAAGAAUAAAUACAGUUUACAGACAGCAUUCAGGAACUACAUAACCCACAAUGCAUUGCACUGUGAUGUUCCUUUCCUUAUUGACAUCACGUGUGCAGGGAAUUGUUGGAUUCGGAGGAUGCAGGCUGAAGGCAGGCUGAGGAUAGUCAACUACUGUUACAUUUUUUUUUAUUUUUUGAGUCUCAAAGCAGUCAUCCAGAUCAGCAGGAGAACAGGGGGCUCAGCUUAGAUUUGAAAUUAUGGGAGAGGAAGACAUUGCUUUCAAAAUGAUUCGUACCAAUGUCUCGCACGUUGUCGGGCAGUUAGAUGAUAUCAGGAAAAAUCCCAGGAAAUUUAUCUGUCUGAAUGAUAAUAUAAACCACAAUCACAAGGAUGCGCAGACAGUGAAAGCAGUCUUACGGGACUUCUAUGAAUCAAUGUUUCCCAUUGCUUCUCAGUUUGAGCUGCCCAGAGAAUACCGGAACCGAUUCCUACACAUGCAGGAACUGCAGGACUGGAGAAUUUACAGGGACAAGCUGAAAUUUUGGACGCACUGUGUCUUGGGAACCUUGAUAGUGUUUACAGUUAUCUCCUUUUUUGCUGAACAGUUGAUUGCACUGAAAAGGAAAAUUUUUCCAAGAAGAAGAAUGCAGAUUGAAGUCAGUCCAGAAAGAAGUAAGGUGUAAAGGAGCCACCGAUUGUAACCUGACUUCAGUGCUUGUCAGCUGCCAAGCCUCAGAGCCCCUGCACAAGUCUUAAAGGAAAAAAAGGUUACGGGCUAGCAGUCAGAAGGGGUGAAGAAGCACUGGGCGCGUGCUCUGAGAUAUCUGGCUUCAGUGAAGCAUUAUCUCAUGGAGAUACUAUCCUGCUGAAGGGUGCUACAGGAGGCACAGCUGCAUGGCAAUGCAACAGAUCUGUGCCAGGGGAAUAUAAUACAGGAGAACUAAGCUGCUAUAGGACGUCAAGCCCAUGAUAUUAAUAUUCCAUAGGAUUCUGGAAUUACACAGCUUCUCCAGUGCCAUAAAAAAGGGUCAGAUGAGAUAAACUAGUGCUGGGCUUUCUGCUCACUUUCACAAAUCUGCAGUCUGAUUUUCUCUCUUUUACAGCCUUGGCACAGUAGAGACUGACUGCAUUUUUGUUCAUGUAAAUACAAUUAAAGUGCCUGUAUACAGAGAAUAAUGAUCUAGGCUUAUGGAGGGGAAAAUGCUUACUGCAGCAGAACUUGACAUUUGGGAAUCAAUGUUUACAUCUGUACAUUACUGUGUUUAUAGGGGAUAGUGGUUUAGGCAUAAUAGAAUUACUUCUGCUCUGUGACCGGUGGUCAGGUGUAUAUACCAUGUAGGAUUUGAGCUAGUAAUUUAAGAGGCCGCAGCUUCAAAGGGAAUGGAACAGCUGCAACACUCCCUGUGUACCAUAAUCUGUGAGGGCAGAAUUCCUGGGAUAUGCUCUAAGGCCAGAAAAAGAAUGCACUCCAAUUUGUUUGAUUUCCAAACAGCAGAAGUACUUUUAAAGGAAAAACUAAGUAUACACUCCAUGUUGUCACUAUCACAAAUAUUCCUGGCUUAGCACAGAUAGUAUAUUUAUAACCAGAUGCUGGGUGGGACUUGAUGUUUUUUGCAUUGGUAAUCAUCCAGGUUAGUGUUCUGCUGUCUUAUUAAAUGUGUUCUAAUAUAACCCUGCAAUAGGAUUCCAGGAGCUCCCUGUUCUGGCCCAUGGGAACUGCUAAGUCUCUCUGAAUGUGACAAAUCUCCUUUACAGGAGCAGCUUCUAGUUUCCCUUUAAAGAGGCACCACCUCCAAAUAUUGUGGUACUGCUGUAUGAACAUGUUAUAACAUGAAAGCUGCUGCAUAAUGAGAGACUUAGAACAUCUCAUGUGGCAUGCAUUGUCCUCUGCAGUAUUGCUGCAUGCUGCAACUCUGGUGUUACUGGUCCAGUGGAUUGUGCAGACUUACAGUAAAAGCUUGUGUCCAAAUACAGUAGACUUGCCACUGGCCCAAGCAUUUGCAUCUGGUGUACUAUAGUCAGUAUGACUGCCAUUUGGUUCCAAGUUCCCAUUGCUCUAAUGUAAACAAGCCUCCAGUCAAGCAGUGUUCUGGAAACAUACCAUGCAGUUGGUUAUUUAAAGGGAAUACAUACCCCAUGAGGCCAAUCAGUUGUGCUUAUGUACCUGUUAUAAAGGCGCAUAAACAGCAUGUGAACUUUUAGAUCCAAAUAUUUGUUUUUAAUACACAGACAUACCUGAUUCCUCAGACUGAGAGGAAAUCAUGAUAGUCUACCCCCACCCUACUCCCCUAUGCUGGCAGUCAUUUAACCACUCCUUCAACUUUUUCUGCGAUCAAGCGAUGGAUUCUGGAACUUGAAGUCCCUCUUCUAUGGUGGGCAAUGCACAGAUCCUCUUGAAAGCAGAGGGACUUCCAAGUCCCAGAAUCUAUAGUUACACAAUGGAUCGAGGUAAGGGAGGGUUGCAUGACUCUGGCCUGGGGAUUCUGGUAUGGAUUGGGGCAACCCUAUAAGAGCACCUUGUAUUUUUACUGUAUAGUGAAGGCAACUGCAUCCUGUUUUAUUCUUUUGGUUCAUAAGGUAAAGGAUCUUUACUUGACCAGGUAGAUUUUCAGAAUACAUUUACAAAUACUGUAAUAAAGUGAAAAACAGAAUAUUUUACAAAAAAGCAAUGGUAUUUUGAAUACAAGUUACAGAAAAAAAAAAAUCUUCCUGUCUAUGGAAGAUUCUCCACUAUACCCAGCGACACUAGACACUGUGCAACUCGGCUUUAUCAUCAUCAUCAGAUUUCUACUGUUCAUCUCUCUGGGAAACAACUGGACACAGAGUCAGCAGCAAAAGCUUUCAUUUUAAACUCAGGUUGCAUAUGCUUCUGUUAAGCAUCAUAACGGUUUUAUCCUGAUUUACUCCCUCAGAUUGUGUGUUUGUUUGUGCUGAUCACUGGCCUGUAUAUGUGUAGCUUUAAUUUAUUGAUAUGUAUAGAUAUGAAGAAUGUGUUAUUUACAUUGAUCAACUGAUGGUCAAAAAUAUGUGCUGUGAGUUUAAAUAUAGUGCACUCCCAUACAGCAAAUCCAGUGAAUUUGGCAGUGUGAGUCAGAGCUGUGGCUAAUCUGGAAAAUAAGACAUUUUGUAUUUGGUUCAUUUGAGUUUAAAAGUGCUUUAAACCAUUUAUUAGCCCAAAAAUGUGGUGCCAUUGGCCUUCUAUGGGAAUAUUGCGUCAAAUAUAUUCAGAAAUACUGAUACCUAGUGACAAAAUCAAUCAACAUUUAUUAAUGAACCCUUACAACUAGUGAUGAUUUCCUUUUUUCUCUGCAAUAAUAAAACCGUAGAUAUAAUGUAUCCUUAUUGGUGGUAAAACAGUUCUAUUUAAUGCUUAAAUUAAUUGUAAUCCACGUUACAAAAAGGCAUUCUGGAUAAUAGAUCCUGCACCUGUUUAUUAUUUUACUGUUAAGGUUUAUACAGAUAGAGCCCUUAGGUCUACAAGCAAUUUGUAAUAUUAGGAUUCACAAUAAAAUUACAUAUCUUUUAAAGGACAAGGAAAGGUUGAAUCACCACCCUCAGUGAUUAAAUACAGUAACCACUUGCUCAGGCCAUUGGACCUCUUCAAUUAAAAAAAUGCACUGUCCUGGUAUGGUUGGCUGGGCUACCAUGUUUCUUAUCUGUGUGCAUGACUGGGGAUGGGCAUACCCACAGUACAUUAGGGGGACAUGUUUAUUAUAGUGUGUAAGUCAGCACCACUGGUGAUAUUGCCCAUAUUAACCAAUGAGGUAUUUGCUUUUGUUUUUUAACUUGUAGGUGAUCGUUCAAAUCUAAUUGCUGAUUGGUUGCUAUUGGCAUUCAUCCCUCGUAAUGUUGGCUUACAUACUAUAAUAAAUAUGCCCCUGGGACUUGCUAGAAUUGCUGUUCUAAGUCUAUGCUCAGCCCAAGCCUAUCCAUAUAUUUAUGGACUUCUCCCAAAAGCUUUACAGGUACAGCAAAUGUUUAAUAGAAGUGCCAUGCUUUGUAAAACCGACGCAAUCUAUGAUGGGGCAGACUGUGUGCCCAUUAUUAUGUAAAAGCAUCUAGGGCAUUUUCAGCCCUUUAAUGGAACAUGCUGCUGUUUUUCUGCUAUUCCCUUAUACUGCACAAUUCAUUUCAACUCAUGAAAAAUUGAAUGUUUGCUAAAUGCCAGUGCUUACAGGCGCAAAUAAGGCCUUAGGAGUAGCAGAUUAUGUACCUAUGCUUGUAACUUUAUAUUCUACUCUGCUUCCCCAACAGCCAUUCCUGCUUAGAUGCAUUUAGUUCAUGUCCAUCGUUGCGACAGCAGAGAUUAGGCCUUGUACUACAGAGAAUUAUUCACUCCAUGCAAGGUGCCAAGGCAUUAUUCCCGUGCUCAUUUAAACUGUGUAAUGCUUUAUUUUAAGUACAUGCCAUUCCACUAUCAGUAGUCAGUGACAGUGGUAGCAAACAGAAUAGCAUAUGGUACUGCCAUUUAUUUCCUUUUACAGUUCAUAUGGCUCAGACUAAACUAUCAAAUCAAAGAGUGGCACAGAUAUUCAUGGUCAUUAUAGAACAAAUGUGUAUGGCAAAACAAACAAAACCCAAAAAGCAAACUGAUUUAUCUGAGCAGUGCCUCGGUAUGUUACUCCUCACUCUGCACCCAGGUAGCCAACCAUGAGAGAAAUGUGCAUUUCAGAUACAUUUCCCUCCGACCAAUCAUUCCCAUCAGUUACCAGGAUGUACAUGAGCAUGCAGAGUUUGCCUGGCACGUGGCACUGACAUCAUAUGGCAGCUUUGGAGGCAAAAAGGGUUUGCCAGGGAUGCUUACUAUGUUGUGCCAUGUUAGCAUUCUUUGGGUAAUGACAAAGCCUUCAUUCUAUGUUUUUGUCUGAAACUUUGGUUCUGUAAACAUUGUCUGUAUAUUUACAGCUUGCACACUGUUUCCUAAUAAAGGUAUUUUUCUAUGUAA